GAGGACCAGAGUGGGCACAGCCUGUUCAGACCCUAUUCCCCUGGGCUGGCAAGAGGAUCCUAUUCCCCUCUGUAUAAGAAGGAAAGCAGUGGACUCCUGGUUCUUUCAGAUUGUGAAAGUCAGGUGGAGCCUGUUAUCUGAGGCCACUCAUUCAAGCGGUCAGUCACCUCCAAGUGGUAGAGAAGGCUCCAGGCCUGGGCGUGUGCUAAGAGCAGAGUACCAGAUGGGCCCGGAAGCCACAGACUCUAGACACUGCUCCCCAGGUGACAGCUGUGGGGAGAGCUCAGGUGCAAAGACCAUCUAGAACUUCCGUGAGGAGGAGGAGAAGAUACAGAAAUCUGUGUUGCUCUCAACAGCAGACCAGGGCCAGACCUAGGAACCCAGGAUCCAGGGGAUCAUCAGAGCUUUGCUCAAAAAUCAGAACGCAGUAGGCCAGGAGGGCAGCUGGAGGGUGAAGGGGUCUAAGAACUUCGUUGUCAGAAAAGUCCCCUAACUGGGAGCAGGAGCAUGAGCCACAGUGAAAUGAUUAUGGAAGCCCCAGCUGGCACUGAGGUUCCCCAGGAGCUGCUGAAAGAAAUGCUUUGGGUCUUUCGGGUAGAAGAUGCGUCUCCAUGGAAUUAUUCCAUCUUUGUUCUGGCAAGCGUGGUGAUCGCGAUAAGCAUCUUCCUCCUGGUAAGGAGCAUCCGAGCAAACAGAAAUCAAAAGAUGAUGCCACGGGAAAAACAAACUCCAGAAGUUCCCUGCUUGGAUGAGGCAGAAACCAAAGAUAACAACAGCCAGAACCUGGUGACAGAAACUUUGCUCUCAGUAAAACCCAACUUGGCCCAGAUGGAAACUGAGUUAAAAGAGAGCAAAGUGUCCGGUAUUCUCUUCCCAGAUCCAGAAGAAUCUGAAACCUAGUGCCCCCACAUUGUUAGAAGAUGAAUGAACUGCAGUCAAAUGAAAAUUCUGUUAUGAUAACGAAACCUUUUUAUUGAAAUGCUUCUGGAAGUGGGCAGAUGGAAUUGUUUAGUUUGUUCAGAUGGUGGUGUUCCUCACAUAAAUGGCUUAAAAUAAAAGCACAAAAUCCAUAGCUGGCCUGUGGGUCAGGAGGCCUGGCCAAGAUUCCUCAUGUGGUUUUGAGGACUUCGCA